AUGUCCGAUUCGGCGGUGGCCUCCCCUGCUGUGUUCAGAUAUCCCAGUCCUGCUGCGCUGAGCCUGACCCAAACGAGAAGCCUGGAGAUGGUUUCCAGAGCCUUCGACGAGUUCAACAUUGUGAAUGCAUUGCUCAAGGUGGACAUGGAGGACUGGACCGUCAAACCGGAGAAAUGGGAAUCGUUCGUGACACGAUAUGCGGAUGGGUUGGAAGAUGCAGCGGACCGGCGCCGCGUGCUCCUGUGGUUAGAUGCCGAAUCGGGCAAGAAGGCCGGCGUCAACAUCAACCCCGACUACAAUGAAAAAACGAACACCUUCGACUUCACGGUUCGUGCGUUCAAGGAAAUGGAAGAUGGCAAGUUCCGAGUUAUGGAAGGCAAAGUGAAAUCGAUUUACAAGGUCAGGCACAAGGACAUCAAGCGGGGACUCUUUGGAGCUGUCAAAGACUUCUUUACGGGCACGGUGGCGGGUCACGAGACUGAGCAGGACAAGCGGGAUGAGCUAGAGACAAACCUUCAUGCUGCAUUGGCAGAUAGCACUGUCUUGAACGCGUACAUCGGUGCUAACUUUCAGCACUUCCUCAAGGGAGUCGGCAUCGAGUGCGAGGCGGUUGAUUCGGUGAGGCAGCUGGACCCGCCGGCUGAGGCCUAA